GGGUGGGGGAUGGCGCGGACCCCGGGGCCGGCCCCACUGUGUCCCGGAGGCGGCAAAGCACAACUUUCCUCCGCUUCUCCCCCCGGGGCCGGGCUCUUGCUGCCAUCCCCGACGCCGCCGCCGCUACUGCUGCUGCUCUUCCCGCUGCUGCUCUUCUCCCGGCUCUGUGGUGCCUUAGCUGGGCCAAUUAUUGUGGAGCCACAUGUCACAGCAGUAUGGGGAAAGAAUGUUUCAUUGAAGUGUUUAAUUGAAGUAAAUGAAACUAUAACACAAAUUUCAUGGGAGAAGAUCCAUGGCAAAAGUUCACAGACUGUUGCAGUUCAUCAUCCUCAGUAUGGAUUCUCUGUUCAAGGAGAAUAUCAGGGAAGAGUCUUGUUUAAAAACUAUUCACUUAAUGAUGCUACAAUUACUCUACAUAACAUAGGAUUCUCUGAUUCUGGAAAGUACAUAUGCAAAGCUGUUACAUUCCCGCUUGGAAAUGCUCAGUCCUCUACAACCGUAACUGUAUUAGUUGAACCCACUGUGAGCCUGAUAAAAGGGCCAGAUUCUUUAAUUGAUGGAGGAAAUGAAACGGUAGCAGCCAUUUGUAUCGCAGCCACUGGAAAACCAGUUGCACACAUUGACUGGGAAGGUGAUCUUGGUGAAAUGGAAUCCACUACAACUUCUUUUCCAAAUGAAACGGCAACAAUUGUCAGUCAGUAUAAGCUGUUUCCAACCAGAUUUGCUAGAGGAAGGCGAAUUACUUGUGUUGUAAAACAUCCAGCCUUGGAAAAGGACAUCCGAUAUUCUUUCAUAUUAGAUAUACAGUAUGCUCCUGAGGUUUCAGUAACAGGCUAUGAUGGGAAUUGGUUUGUAGGAAGAAAAGGUGUUAAUCUCAAGUGUAAUGCUGAUGCAAAUCCACCACCCUUCAAAUCUGUGUGGAGCAGGUUAGAUGGACAGUGGCCUGAUGGUUUAUUGGCUUCAGACAAUACUCUUCAUUUUGUCCAUCCAUUGACUUUCAAUUAUUCUGGUGUUUAUGUCUGUAAAGUGACCAAUUCCCUUGGUCAAAGGAGUGAUCAAAAGGUCAUCUACAUUUCAGAUGUUCCAUUUAAGCAGACCUCCUCCAUAGCCGUAGCUGGCGCCGUAAUUGGAGCCGUCCUUGCCCUUUUCAUCAUUGCUAUCUUUGUGACUGUGCUGCUGACUCCUCGAAAAAAGAGACCAUCCUAUCUUGACAAAGUGAUCGACCUUCCACCCACACAUAAACCACCUCCUAUGUAUGAAGAACGAUCUCCCCCUUUGCCUCAAAAAGACCUUCUAUAUCAGACCGAACACUUGCCUCUGCAGACUCAGUUCCGAGAAAGAGAGGUGGGCGGCCUCCAGCACUCUAAUGGGCUAAGUCGCAGGAGAGUGGACUAUGAAGAUGAGAAUCUUGUGGGGGAAGCUGGGAUCCAGCAGAUGUGCCCCCUUUACAAUCAGAUAUUCCAGAAAGACCGGAGCCCGGGCAAGCAUCGUCAAAGCAACGACCCUGAGAGAGUGUACAUCAACCCGCGAGAACAUUAUGUGUGAUUCACUCUUUUUUUUCCCAGUGGACGUCCUAACGAAAUGUUCGAUCUUCGACUGGGGAGAGAAACUGAGGACAGUGGUUCUUAUGUUAUUCUCCCUCGUGUAAAACAAUCCCAGUUUAUGUGUAUCAGAAGUCGCGAUGAAUGGCUUCGAGCCAAUAGCAACUUGGUUUCCUUCAUUAAGAGUUUCUUAGCCACCAGCUGUGUUUGUGAACUUGACUCUAGCUUUGUGUGUUCUGUGAUGAUAGUGUUUAACUACUAACAUUUGGCCUACAGUGGCACGUUCAUUGAAACAUAGAAUAUCUGCCUGUGAUGGCAACAGUGAUUCUCCAGAAAGGAAGGCCCCAGCUGGGAGUGUUAACCUUGCAGGGUUUCAGGAAGGCCAGCCUAUUUAUCUGUAACUCAAGCGAGCAGGAAAAGAAAAAAAAAAAAAAAAAAAAAAGGAGUUCAAAAUCCAUUUCACUAAUUAUUUCACUGGGAUUUGGCUUUCCCUGAUGUGCUUAAUGCAAUUACAAUACCUGUGUACAAACAGGAGGCCUGAGGAAAGAGGCAGAAUGUGCUCUUUAUCCCAAAAAAACAACAACAGAAAGCAGUUUAAACCUUCAAGCCUGUUGGUUGCUUUCUAAAGUCUUGUGAUAAUUGUAAUAUAUGUUCCUCCUUGAUCACUAAGGUCCUGAGGGAUACAUAUUUUGCGCCGUUCUCUGACCAGUCUCGAUUAGCUGUGUGCUAAGACUCUUCUCUUGCCCUGUUGUUGUUCCCACAGUUCUGUUCUUUCCUAGCCAGAUUAGCCUAUUUCCCACCUAUUAAAUUCUAAAAGCCUCGUCUAAAUGGUGGACAGCCGUGAGCCCUGUCCCUCUUUGCUGUAGUAUUGUAUAUGACAAGCUCAGCUUUCACUUCUGAAAUUCCUUUCCAGCUAAUCCUCUCCACACAGGCUUCAGCUACCCUCUGCUUCUUCAGACUACUUCUCAUCCAUGUUUAUCUACCUCAGAAAAGCCUGCUGCAAAAUCACCGUGAAAUAACUCCUGCUCUUAAGAGCCAGGUAGAAAAUUGAAAAUUAAAAAAAAAAAAAAAAAGGGGCAAUAUGGCCUAUGUGCUAAACCCCCAUGUUAUCCUUUAUCCUCCCCCAGCCCCAAGUUUACCCAGUCAACAAGGGUGAAGAGAUGCUAAAAAGCAAAUAAUAUAGUGACAGACUUACCAGUUCAUCACUUUGGUGCCCUGCAAAUGUCUGUCUUGAGUUUUCUCACUUCCCUUUGCCAAUGUAUCCUCACUGAGAUUGAAGGUAGUAAUUAUAAUGGAGGGAGCAGAGGAGGGGGGCCCAGGUACAUGCGCAAAUGUCAAUCACUCUUUCACAUCUUAAGGAAAGCAUUGUUUUACUGUGUAUUCUGGAAGAUGAGAGGUAUGUCACAGAUAUUAAAAACACUACCGACUUGUCACAUAUUAGGAAAGAAUGACAUAAGGACUAAUAAAAUAGUACACAUUUCCAACCUAAGUUUCAGGAGGAUGGGAGAAUAUUAACACAGAUUUCUAAUGAGAUACCAAAGACACCUUGUGAUUCACGUUGUGCUGGCUCUCGUUCUUGUUUGUAUGUUGGUUUCCUUUUUUUUAGUUGCUGUGCUUUUUCGGAAAACUUAUCCAGGUCAUUCUACCGUCGUCACACAUUCUGCCCCUGUUGUCUUGUGUGAGCGACAAUUCUGUCAGUAAAGACGCUUAAAUUCUAACCCAAUGCUGUGGCAAUUUAAAAGGCCAUAAUUGUAUGGAAUUAAAGGGUAAAUUCCAAGGACCGCAUUGCUCUAUCACUGUCCUACCUCAGUUAGAGUUUACUGCCCUUUGUAGCAAGCUGACACAAAACAUAUUUGACUUCAUUUCCAUGAAUCCCAUCAGUGAAUUAGUGUGGCUGAAGGUUCAUGAAUCCUUGCAACUGUUUUCCAACAGAAAGAUGACUCUGGUCAGAGUUCUCCUGGAGAGUGAAGUGUUUUUAUAAAUACUAGAUGUUACAGAGGAGGAGAUUCAGUGGGAUGUACUUCCUUUAAAAAGCUUUAAAAAUGUCUUCCACGUUAGGGAUGGUUUCUAAGGUCCCUGCUGAGAAGCAGCUUGUUGAAUUAGCAUCACAGAAGUUUAUAUUGAACCUUGAAGGCAGUAAAGAGGUGUCUGUUUGCACUAGAUAUGGAAGAGCUGGGUUUUCGGAGCCAUUUGGCCUGUCUUCAGAGCCGUCCUACCAAGAAGAAGCCCCUAUAUAAUUUUUAACAUUCUUGGUGCAGUUCCAGAAAAGAAAUUUCAGGGUAUAGACACCCCUCUUACAGCCAGCUUGUUCAGUAUCCUCUUUGCUUCUCUGUCAGCUGUAAUAGUUUUUAACAAACUGGUAGAUUCUAUAGCUGUUGGCCUUUUCCAUGGGUCAGAUAAGCUGUAUAAUUGCUUGUCCUGGUGUCUCCUGUCUGUCCUCUCUGAAUACUGAGUGCAACAGAAAAGGAGCUUUAAAGGGUUGGAUCAGCCAGUCCCUCAACCAAAAAAACGCCAUCCAAAAUUAGUCUGUCGAUCUCUCAAUUUGGAGCUAGACUACUUGUUGAUCCCAUUUAAAUUUGGAAGUUAGACUCUUAAAGGUCAGUGAGUGUUAAAAUCCACAGCUGAUAGGGGAUACUCUUCCCAUAACUGGUUUACUAAAACACAAUGAAACAGAAAUAAUCCCCAGAGCGCUUAUCCACUUAGGGCCGCAGCUUAACAUUUCAACGGGGGGCGUGUGCUGCAUCUCAGACACGCAGCCUUUGCCGCCUGUUUUGUAGGCAGCCCAGCUCCGGGAGUGUGCACUGUGGCCACAGGAGUGGGUCCCCAGGUUCUUUGCACACCACUCCAGAGUAAAGCAUCUGUACCAUCUAGGAUCGGCCUGACGUAAUGGGAUGUGAGUUUAGAUUAAUUCUCUUCUAUGAGGGUUUCUCCUGGCCUUCUUCUGUUUUCUAAGUUUGAAGAAGUCUAUGCUCUUUGACUUGUAACAAACUCUUAACCUGUGAUAGACCGCCCUGUGGCGGUGGAUACUAACGACAUGUCCUAGAAACUAAAUGAACUGGUUACCUCAUUAAUUUUUUAUGGCCUUAUUUACUCAUAAGGAUAGUACAGUUUCUUUGUCUUCUGAGGAUGAUUUCCUAAAUUCUCUUUCAUAGUCAUCGAAAAUUGACUUUUAUUUUUCGUUGUACAGUCUUGCCCUGCACUGGGCUGGUCUCCUCGCACUAUUCUUUAUAUAUAAUAGAGCCCCCCCUUCAAGGCUCUUAUUCCCUGGGGUGUAGAGGACAGACUAUUACACCAGGAACCAAAAGAACAGAUUCUCCCAACUUCACCCUUUCUAGCCAUGGAAACUUAGACAAGCCACUUAAUCUCUCUAGGGCAUCAGUUGCUCUAUCCAUAAAGGUUACACCUUCCCUGUCAGCCUCUGAGGAAUGUGAGAUAGGAAACUGUAAGCUCCUUUCAAACUGAAAACGCCUUCUAUUAUUCUUCUAUGUUGAACCUAAACUUCUAGUGCCCUCACCAGCACUGGGGAGAACCAGGUGGUAACAGGCAAAUUUCAGUUUGACCCAAUUUGAGUAUAGCCAAGUGCAAGUGGGACUUGUACUUUCUUUUACUAUAAUAACUAUUUUGUCUUAUGGAAAGCUUGAUAUCUGGGCCUUAACCUUUUAGGCCUUGUCUAAAUUGCAAGCGCAUGUUGCUGUAUAACCGGUGGCUGCUCUUGGUUUACAGAUCACUACACAUAACAGUGACAUUAUUGAGUUUGUAGCAUGGUCAGGGCUCCCGGACAAGAAUCUUACAUGAAUCCCCUCACGGAUGAGGACCAAACUCUUGUUUUGUCCCCUUUCCAGGGGAUGGAAAGGCUCACACUCCUAUGAGGCACACCCACAGGUCAUGCUAACCACUAGCCGGCUGUUACUUCUUUAAAAUCUGCUUUGGGGGAGUGAUGCUAGGGAAUACAUUUUCUUGAUUGUUUAAUAGACGUGUAAGGAAUACGCUGGGGAAAAUAUAUAUACGAAAUGUUUAUUAAGAUGAAAGGAAGUGACUAUGCUCAUUUUUACUUAGUUUCUGAACUUCUCAAGAUGCUCAGAAAGGCUCAUCUCCAUUAGAUUAACCAUAGCUGCAAAACAAACAACCAAGCAGUUUAAGGCCACUCCAUCCAGCUGGUUCGGUUUUAGUGGGGCACCAACUUUAACGCCUCUUCCUUAACUUUGUUCUUUGAUACACUGAUUGCUCGAUUAGUGCGUCCCACCUUUAUUGAACUCCCAGGAAAGUAAUGGCACUCUUACAGUGGAAUAGAGGGAAAACUAGCUAGCUUUGGUAAAAAAAAAAAAAAAAAAAAAAAAGAAGACGA